AUGUAUGGUGGAUCAAGUGGAGGCAGCAGUGGUGGAUUCGGUGGAUCAGAUGGAAGCAGUGGUGGGUAUGGCGGUUCUUCCACUGGAUCAGGUGGAAGUGGUGGAGGCGUUGAUAUGUACAGUGGAUCAAGUGGAGGCAGCAGUGGUGGAUUCGGUGGAGGAGGUGGAAGCAGUGAUGGUUAUGGUAGUGGAGGCGUUGAUAUGUAUGGUGGAUCAGGUGAAGAAAGUAGUGGUGCAUUUGUCGGAUUCGUAGGUGGAGCAGGUGGAAGCAGUGGUGGGUAUGGUCGGUCUUCCGGAGGCAGUGGAAGUGGCGCCUCUCCGGGCAGGGUCGGGACUGGCGGGGCCUCGAGCGAAGAGGAUGCUCCGGGCGGGGUCGGGACAGGCGGGGCCAGGGCGGGCCUGGCGUCGGCCGGGGCCUCGAGCGAAGAGGACGCUCCGGGUUCUGCGUCCAGCGAGGAGUGCUAG